AUGCCUGACGUAGUGCACGUCAAUGAUCCCAGCUUCGUCGACAAGCUGUAUCCUGCUCAGUCUCCCAGAGCCCGGCGCGAGAGGGCAGAAACGGUCCUUGGAUUCUUCGGACAGACCUUCUCGGUCUUGCCGACUCGCGACCACGACUUGCAUCGCCGCCGCCGCGCGGUCCUGAGCCGCUUCUUCUCCAAGGAAAACGUACGAAGGCUGGCGCCGAUCAUCAAUGAAACUCUAGGCGAUCUACUGCGACGGAUGGAAGGGUGGUCUAGGACCGACGAACCAAUUGACUUCAACCCGGCAAGUCGAGCUGCAACAAAAGAUGUCAUUCAGUCGUACGCUUUAGGCGAGGGCGAAAAGUGCUUGCUCAUGGAGGAUUGCAACGCUGCUUUCUUCGAGGUAUUGACGCCAGGAAGGAUGACACACUUCAGUGUGCAUUUCCACACUAUCGCCAUGGCUUUCCAGAGUCUGCCCCCAAAGAUUCUUGUGAUCUUGGCCCCAUAUAUUCAGGCAUUCGUCGCCUUUGUCGAGGAUCUUACCGUCAAAAUUGAAACCAUCCGAGGCUCAAAGGAUGAUUAUGAGGGGAAGACGAUAUUCCACGAGAUUAUGGAGAGCGAUAUUCCCGAGUCAGAGAAGUCCACGCCGCGACUGGUAGACGAAGCCAUGGUGCUGGCGAUCGCAGGAUCCGACACCACAGCCAUGACUCUAUCGGCCCUCGUUUUCCAUAUCUUGAGUGACGAGUCCAUGUUUUUGCGGAUCAGAAAAGAGCUGGAAUCCGUCAUGCCGGAUGCUCAUCAGCCUCCGGAUCCAGUCAAGCUCGACAGCCUCUCUUACCUGAACGCAACAAUCGAGGAAGCUCUACGCAUGUAUCCCAGUGCUACGCAUCGCCAGGACCGUGUGGCUCCCGACGAAGACUUGAUAUUUGAGUACGCUGAUGGACGAACUCUAGUGCUCCCAGCUGGCACAAUGGUGGGAAUGACGGCACCGCUUCUGAACAAACAUCCCGCCUGGUUUACCGAGCCCCGCGUCUUUAACCCGGAUCGAUAUAUUGAAGACCCCAAACUCUUCAAGAAGCACCUCACAUUUGGCAAGGGCGGACGUCAAUGCCUAGGUAUGAAUCUUGCGUAUCAAGAGUUGCAGACAUUUACGGCAGGAAUCUUCCGCAAGUAUGGGAUAUAUGACCCGAAGGUUAAAUCGCAAGAAGGUCCGACAUUGGAACUAUUCGAGACCGUAAUCGACGACAUCCGCAUGCACGCAGACUAUGUCACGCCAGGCCUCCGACCUGGAAGCAAGGGAGUUCGGUUUAGAAUACGUCAUGACUAG